AAGAGAUACUGCUAUAAAAAACAAUAAGCAAACAAAUUGUCUUUGCUUUAAAAUUAAAGUUGUUAAUAGGGUGAAGCCUUUGUCAUUUAAUUAUUUUAAACGAGGCAUCCAAUAAAGUAUUUAACAACGAAACGACUUAGAAACAACUAAUGUUUUAAUUGUAAGAAUAAUUUUAUGCUGAAAUUCUGCGAGCGUAAACAAAACAAAAAAAGAAAAAUGAGCAACAGCGAGGAUUCACAGCAAUAUCUCACAGAUAUGUUAGUCAAAGAGGAAGACGAUGCAUCGGGUGACGAAUCGGACCGACAGGAUGGACAUGGCAGCAUGCUGCGCGAACAGGAUCGAUUUUUGCCCAUUUGCAACAUUAUUAAGAUAAUGAAGGUACCAGUGCCGCAGAAUGGCAAAAUAGCCAAAGACGCCAGAGAGUGUAUACAAGAGUGCGUCUCGGAGUUCAUAUCAUUUAUCAGCAGCGAGGCCAUCGAGCGCAGCGUCGCCGAGAACCGGAAAACAGUUAACGGGGAUGACCUGCUGGUAGCCUUCAGCAAUCUGGGCUUCGACAACUAUGUGGAGCCCCUCUCCAUUUACUUACAAAAAUAUCGCGAGUCAAACAAAUCGGACCGCAAUUUAUUUCUGGAGGGCAGCUAUAUGCAAACCGACGACGCUAACGACUCGGGCAAGCAGUAGCAGACUAUCAUGGGGGCUUCUUAUUUAAGUUAUUAGUACCCUUGCAGAGGCUUAUAUAAUUUGGAAAAAAUUCUGCACAUUUGCAUUAAUAACCUAGCCGAUUUAGCCAUGUCCGUCUGUCUGUUUCUAAAAAAACUAGUCUCUGCUUAAAGCAAUCCUUAAGGAACAGCUAGGCCUUUCUUUUGCAGGCAGUGUGUCUGAGUUGCCGGAAUCGAACCCCUAUAUCUUAUUUAUAUUACAGAAGUACAUUUUGACGAAAAACUCGUUUGGUUUUUCGAAAUAUAUCAAUCCUAAUAAAUCGCGCACCAUAUGUCUGCAAGUGUAUUUAGUCUUCGGCAUACCGAA